AUGUAUUCGAGUACGGAGACUACUGCUGGUGUGGAUUCAGAAAAAGCUGGAAGGAAAUUCGAAUCAGCCACCACAUCUGGCUUGAGUGCCGUUUUACUGGCCGAAAAAGGCGUUUAUGGUGAAGUGGAAGUUUCUGGAAAACACAUAGAAUCCGGAGACAAGGACCGAAUUAUGCAUGAAAUUGUGCGGGAUGCAGAAGAAUUGGCAGAAAUGGUCAAUGAACGGAUGGCACGUGUGGUCGACAAGUUGCAAAGUGCACGUGAUCGACUUACUGGUUUCCAGAACCUCAUCGAAAUGCACGGUGAUAAACCGGCAAUAGUGCAACAUAAAUUGACGGAAUUGCGCGAAAUUUUACCGCUUUUGAUCAAAAUGUAUCGUAAUGAGCUGGGUGCCAAACGUGCGGCGCUCAAUGAUUUGGCCAGUUUCGAUAAUCGCGACAUAUUCUUGGCCAUUACAGCAUCCUGGUCCCAUCAGGCCUUCAUUGAUCGUUCGUUGCUCAGUCGCCUGUAUUCUAUGAUUGUAUGA